CUGUGUGUCCUGGAUGGGAACUGACAACAUCAGGGAAGUGAAGUGAGGAACUUGGCCGAGGAGAAGCAGCGUCUUUGUGUAUUCGCCUCUUCGUGGAGUCAGUGUCCCCGCAGUGAUGUCAUGGUACAGUUACACAGGCCGCUACUGACGUCGAGUUUGUGUUAACUUAACUUAACUUAACAACUUUCCACUCGGAGGAGGGAGACGUGUUACGUCACCAGCCCGAGCUUCCUGAACAGGAGUCAAGCUCGGUAACAGGAACCCACAGCGGCAGAGGACGGCGAAGGUGAGGUAAACACAGCCCAGGAAGAGGUUCACCUGCGGCCCGACGGUAUCAAAGACCUUUAAGACGACCCGGAUUCACUUUGGUUAAUCCACACGGGGGUUAAGCCAUGUCUCUGGUGGACCAGAGCCAGCAGUGGUUCCCCACCAGCGUCCAGGUAACGGUGCACCAGGCUCGAAACCUGCGCGUCAAGGGGAAAAAUGGCACCAACGACUCUUACGCCAUCAUGCAGGUGGCCAAAGACAAGUUCUCCACCUCGGUGGCCGAGAAAAGUGUCGCUCCGGUGUGGAAGGAGGAGGCUUCGUUCGACCUGCCGCUCUUCCACCCGGGGAACGCCGAGCGAUGCACCCUGCACGUCAUCGUGAUGCACCGGGCACAGGUGGGACUCGACAAGUUCCUGGGUCAAGCUGUGGUCAACCUACUGGAUCUACACGACGACAGGUCCCGCACCAAGACCGAUUGGUUCAAGCUGGUGGACAAGUCCGGAAAAGCAGAUAAGGUGCGAGGAGAAGUGCUGCUAGAUAUGAAGUUCAUGAGAAACAACAUGUCGGCCAGCAUGUUUGACCUUUCUAUGCAAGACAAACCCCGCUCACGCAUCUCCAAGCUGAAGGACAAAGUCCGUGGAAAGAAGAAGGACGGCUUCUCUGACUCUGCCUCAGCCAUCGUUCCCUCUGUCAGCCAGGUCCUCACUGACAGUGACGGAGAGGCUGAUGCUCAGUCACUCAAUCAGUCUCCAGGAGUGAAAAAGAAAUCAAAGCUCAAAUCCCUCUUUGGCCCUAAAUCCAACUUGCAGCGUAACAUUUCACAGUCCAUGUCUACACUGGGGGCUCUUCCUGAGAAUAACUCAUCUCUUAGUGGCAGUCGCUCAUCUGGCCUCAAUGUAGACUCACCUGAAGUGAAGAAGAAAUUCAAAUUCCUGGGACACAAGCGAUCAGGCAGCUCUGACAGCAAGGUGUCUCAGGGUCCUUUCUCCCUACUGGGUCGCUCCAAGCAGAGCAACAGUGACCAGAACAACUUUUGCAUCAAUGGCAAUCAUGUGUACACAGAGGAGACGGAGUCAAAGAGUGGAUCUACUCUCAGUCUGAACAGCUCAGGCCAAGGCUCCGUGGGAGAUAUCCACAAACACACCUCUGAUGCCUCUGCCUCUGAAUCGACAGACAGAGCUAUACUGGAGCAACAGCGCCAUCAAGAGGAGGGAGAGAGACGGCAAGCAGAAGAGAGGCACAAAGCCGAAGCAAAGAGGGUGGAGGAAGAGGAGAAAUACAGGGCAGAUGCCAGGAGAUUGCAGGAGGAAGAGGAGCGCAGAUAUCAAGAGGAACAGGAGAGGAGCAGAAAGUUCCUCGAGGAUGAAGCAAGGAGGACGAAACAGAGGGAGGAGGAAGAGAAAAGAAACCAAGAGGAAGAGCAUAGGAUGCGACAAGCAGCGGAGAAUCAGAGGCUCGAGGAGGAGCGUCGCAAUUCGGAGGAGCAGAAAAAACAGGAGGAGGCCUCCAUGAGUGACAGGCUGUCAACUCUGUUCGGAAUGAUCAGAAAGAAGGAGGAGAAAAAGGAGGAGGUGCAGCAGCAAACUAAAGAGGAGUUGCCUGAAACAGCCCCUCGCAGUGACUCCAGCAGCCUUGAUCAACCGAUCUCCCACCAGCCCACUAACCCAUUUGAGGAAAUUCCUCUCAGCAGUGAUGGGAGUCCAGCUGAUCUUCAGAAAUCCAGCCGUAAUCCUCAAACCCCCUCUGCCAUGGUCUUCCUCAACCGCACGGCCAAGGUGUCUGCAGUCAAACCCAGAUUGGUUCAAAUUCUGGAGUCUGAACCCCCUGACUGUUAAACCCCCAGUCAGCUGUGUCCUUCCCCAGCCGCCUCUGACUCCACCCUCUCUAGUGUCCCGUCUGAGCCCCCUGAUAGUUUCUCCAACUUCCACUCAUCCUUGCCUCCACCAAACGUAAGCAAAAGCCUGUCUGGUUCCCCUCGUGGGAGCACAGAGGAUUUGUCAUCUGUGGAAUCUGAGGGAUCUUCACCCGACAUGGCGGACAAGAAGAAAAAAGCCCCCCUGCCACCUACGUAUCAUCUACAUGGGAACCAAACAGGAGGAAAUCCCAUUCCUGUCGGAGAGAUGAAAAGUUCUUCCUACAUUGAGGCAGACGGAUCGCAACAAGGCAAAAAGAUGUCUAUACCACUUCCUGAUUAUGAAUCCCUCUUCCCAAAGAAGAGACACGGAGUACAAGGAGAAACUCGGUGGGAUCAUAUUAUCGCUGAGGUCAAUCAGAAACAAAGGGACACUGCACCUGAACUUCUGGGUCCAGAGAUGAGUGUGGAUGGCCCAGUGGAGCAUGAUCGGAGUCCUAGGUCGUUCACAUCGCAAGAGAGUCCUGCCAUGAGGCAUUAUCAAAUACAACCUGAGGAGACCAAACCUAUGUCGUUAAAGAAGACAGCAUCCCCAGCUCCCCCUAAACCAGUCUUAUCCUCACAUCCCCAAUCAAUUGGUCAAAAUCAGUACACUGCUCAGCAGUCUGGCAUGAGACCUAAUCCGUCUGCAGUGCAGGGACCGAGAAACACUGACUUAGCAAGCAGAGGAGGUCUCUCUGGGAUGUCCAGGGAGGGAGCAAGGAAGGCGUUGCAGCCAUCACCUGCAGCUACACUUGUACCCAGACCAAGUAUCCAAAUGGAUACAAGUCCACCAGAAGAUCAGCAGAAAGAAGCACCCACUGCCAAACCCAGACAGAGGGCUAGCGGCAAAGAGCCAACAGAGAAAGAAGUUUCUGCUGCAGACAAAAACCAGAACAGUAAUGCCCAAGCAUUAUUUAGUCAGAGUGUGAAAAGCAUGGACAAAAAGAGUGGGCAGGCAAAGGAUAACAUGGUAGAGUUUGACCCGUUCCCCAGGACUGAACUUCUAUCCAAAGACACGCGGGCACAGCAGAAGCAGAAGCAGAAGCAGGAAGUUGACAACAUUUUGACUGGCAACAUCCAGAGAGAACAGAAACCUGAAAUUCAGGGAAUGACAGCCAAUGAUUUUGAGAAAAUAUUUAGUCAAGAUAAGCCAACUGAUCCCUUUGCUAGUUUUAGUCGCAGCAAUUCAAACAACCAGAGUCCAAAUAGAAAAGACUCCGAGCAAGCGGGCUUUCAUGCUUUUCAAAGAAAGAAUUCACAGAGACGGAGUCUUACAUCAAAAACUCCCCCGGAAGAUAAAGGUCUCCAGUCUCAUCAAGAGGCAGCAUCUAAAGAAGGAACAACCAAAAUGGCAGCUAAGCAAGACCUCGUCACAAACGAUGUCAGGAAGGAGCCUUUCGCACUUCAGCCUCAAGCUGACGUGAAGACACAGAGCGGUUUUUACAAAGAAGAGGAUCAGCUUGGAGCUGAACCUUUCGCUGUUCCCUCUGCAUAUACUUCCUCUGAGGCCCUCCAGGCUAUUACGGAGGAACCAGGGGCUCUGUCUGGGGGAAAGACAUUUUUGCAAGCGUGGGUCUCACCGUCUGAGGUUCAGCCUGUCAGUGCUCAGAAUAGCAAUGGAGGUGGGCAAGCCUUAACGGCACGCAGGCCUCACCCUGUGAAGCCCCUGACCUCAGUUGAGAGCCAAUAUGCCACCAGCACCAAAACUGGGAAGGAUAUAAAGGUCCGGGACAGUACACCGGGGAAGAUAAAGGUGGCAGACCCUUUAGACAGCGGACCUUACACUCAGCUCACCCAGGGGGAGUUGAUCUCACUGGUGGUGAGGCAGCAAACAGACCUGUCCAAGAAGGACGCCAAAAUCGGGGAGCUGGAAGAGUACAUCGACAACCUGGUGGUCCGAGUCAUCGAGGAGAAACCCAGUAUCCUGCAAGCCUUAAACGCAGCCAAGCAGGUGUAAGGUCGUGGCUGCUCGAAUGACAGAGGCCCGCUCGGGGACCCAGUUUUGUCUUCCUUGUGCGAAUUUGUACGGUUGUCACUGUGUCAUUUUGUUCUCUCAGUGCACAUUGUCACUGAGAGACACGAUCUCCAUGAAGGUCUUAGAGCAUAUGCACUUUCUUUAACUUUCAGAGUCAGAUGUUUUUCAAGAAUGCUGGAAAAUGUCUCUGAACUAAUAAUUACUUCAUAACAAGCAAGUGAAAAUCUUUAUACAAGCAGAUGAAUGUAUUUGUUUUGACACUAAGGUACUGGAUUUGCUUUUAAUUGUUACAUGAAAAUAUUUUCAUUAUCUUGAUUUAUACUUCAUACUUGAUUAGAACUCGGGUUGAGCGUUAUUUAAUAUACUUAAUGAGAAGAAAGGUUAUCUCUUACUCUGGCCUUUUAAAUUCUUUGCUAUUCAUAAUGGGCUUAGUGUAACUUUUGUGUGAUGCAUGACAAUAUACUCAACCACAUACGACCAUUCCAAAUACAUGCUCAAUCUUGUUUAGGUCAGACUUUAUUAGUAUUGUCUUGUAAAUAUAUUUGCAGUACUUUUCAUCAGCUUUUCUGCAAAUAUUAACUAGGAUUUCUGCCCUCAUGAGCUUAAUAUUAAGAUUAUGUAAAAAAAACUUAAAAAGUGCACAUUUCUCUUUCUUAUUCCAUUUAGCAGAUGUUCAACAUUCCUCACAUGUUUAACUCACCACAGUUGAAUGUCAGCUGGUCUUCCAGUCCUUAAAAGAUAUUGUGCCUACACUUUUGCUUCAAAGAGGUUUCUAUUUAGAAAACCAUGAAAUCAAUAAAAGCAACAAGCUACCAAAUACUGUACAUCCUUUGAAUUACACAACAGUUUUUUCCUAUUCUUUAUGUGGUUGUAAUCUAGCCGGUGCACUGUGGAAAAUAAAAUAUUAUGCAAGAAAUAUUACAGAAUUAGAUUUCUUUAAUAAUAAUUUAAGACUUUGAUCAUUUUGAUAUUUGUGUUUUAUUUAUAUAAACGAAAAAUACAGAAAUGAUUAAAACCUAAUCAUCAGGGGAACAGUCGCAGAAUCAGAGUCGGUAAUAACCAGCGUGGUCUUUGUAUUUGAACUACAAUCAUGAAUGAAAACCUUCAUCUUUGCUUUCACAUUAUAAUACUCUUUGAUGUCUUGGCAGAAAAUAAAGCAAUAUUACAUUUUCAGAAUGUGAAAGCUGUGCCUUUAAAUCUUUUUCAUUACUUUAAUGUUUGCUGGAUGGAGAGUCUUUGGCUCCAUCUCUUCUUUUACUCUGGCGAGAACACAAACAAUGAAAAUAAUCAGUCAAUGUCAAACUUCUAAAAGGAGUGAUGCUGAUUUUAAAUCUAAAUAAGACACUAAUUAUUUCACCAGACUGUUGUAUUUGAGAUUGCUUACAGUUAUUCUAUGUUCAUUUUCAAAGAAAGCAACACUCGUAAAUGAAAUGUAAUCUUCACAGCAUAUCAUUUUAAAACCCUUAAAAAAAGUAUUGCAUGUUGUCUUGCGUGUUUCUUUUUAGGUUUUUCCCACUACCUGUCCGUUCAGAUCAUAUUCAGUUCAGAUAUGUUUAAAAAAUGUAUCAAGAUUCCUGUAUACAAAUAUACAUAAAUAAAAGUUUUUAAAAGG